UACUACUAGUCGUGCAGAAACGAAUACUUCAACAUGCAACUGUUCUUUCCAAGCUAAACCAUCUCGUGGUCAAGACUUGUUAAGUGCGAAACAAGUUGUCAACUGUUCUCCAAGAUUAUUCAUAUUUUCUUAAGAAAUUGAUACAGAUUCAGAAAAUUCAGAAAUUCUCCAAUAUCUGUCAUUACAAACAGUAGACAUUGACAAUGGCAGUAUUCAGCAUGUGGGUCAAAAGGGCACCCAGCCGCUUAUUACCAUGUUUAUCAAGUUUGUCUUACAAACAAAACGGAAGUUCCUACAAAUCCAACGGGUUUAGUAGCCAAAGAAAUGGAUACGACAAUAAGAGUAGUUACGAUAGUGGCAAAUACCAAAGAAACGGUUUUGGAGGUCAAAGAAGCGGUGGUUAUGGAGGCCAAAGGAACGGAUUUGGAAAUAAGGGUGGUUGGAAUGACCAGAAUAGUCUUCAGACCAUCAAUUGGGAAUCCAAGAGCUUGAUGCCAUUUGAAAAAAAUUUUUAUGAACCUCACCCUAAUGUGAAAAAACGUUCAGAAUAUGAAGUAGAGCAAUAUCGUCAAUCUAACGAAAUAACUAUUGAUGGAGAUGCUCCUAGUCCAAUUCAAAAUUUCGAUGAAACAAAUUUUCCUGAUUAUGUUAUGGAUCAAAUCAAAUCACAGGGUUAUGAAAAACCUACUUGUAUUCAAGCUCAAGGUUGGCCUCUUGCUUUGAGUGGAAAAAAUAUGGUCGGUAUUGCCCAAACAGGUUCUGGUAAAACACUGGCAUACAUUUUACCAGCAAUAGUUCAUAUCAACAACCAGCAACCUCUAUCUAGGGGAGAUGGUCCUAUUGCUUUAGUUCUCGCGCCUACCCGUGAAUUGGCUCAACAAAUUCAACAGGUGGCAAACGAGUUUGGUCACUCUACUUAUGUACGUAACACUUGCGUCUUUGGUGGAGCGCCAAAAGGACCCCAAGCUCGUGAUUUAGAACGCGGUGUUGAAAUUGUUAUAGCUACUCCUGGAAGGCUUAUCGAUUUCUUAGAAAAAGGCACUACUAAUUUACAAAGAUGUACUUACUUGGUUUUGGACGAGGCUGAUCGUAUGCUUGACAUGGGUUUUGAACCCCAAAUUCGUAAAAUUCUUGGUCAAAUUAGACCUGAUAGGCAAACCUUGAUGUGGUCCGCCACAUGGCCUAAAGAAGUGAAAAGGCUAGCACAAGAUUUUCUCAGCGAUUAUGUACAAAUCAACAUUGGAUCUCUUCAGCUUUCCGCCAAUCACAACAUUCUUCAGAUAGUGGAUGUGUGUGGAGAAAACGAGAAAGAAUUCAAAUUGAACACGCUCCUCCAAGAAAUUGGUGACAACGUAGAUAGGGACUCAAAAGUUAUCAUAUUUGUUGAAACAAAACGUAAAGUAGAAGACAUUACUAGAACUAUUAGGAAAUUUGGAUGGCCUGCAGUUUGUAUGCAUGGUGACAAGAGCCAACAAGAAAGAGAUUAUGUUUUAAGGCAAUUUAGGAAUGGAAAAUCGACCAUCUUGGUAGCUACAGAUGUUGCUGCUAGGGGUUUAGAUGUUGAUGGCAUUAAAUUCGUCAUCAAUUACGAUUAUCCAAAUUCGUCUGAAGACUACAUACACAGAAUUGGUAGAACAGGUCGUUCAAACACAACAGGAACAUCAUAUGCAUUCUUCACACCAAAUAACUCGAAACAAGCUAAGGAUCUCGUUUCUGUACUCAAGGAAGCCAACCAGGUCGUGAACCCUAAAUUGGAAGAUAUGGCUAAGCGAUCAGGUGGUUAUGGCGGUGGUAACAACAGGUGGGGUGGAUUCAGAGGGUCUUAUAGAGGAGGAAGGGACAGUCAACCCAAACGUAUGAAAUGGUGAAAAGUAAUUUCUAAUGAUCUGACAGUAUUUCAAGAUGCAUUCCAAUGUGCGUCACAUAGUUUAUUUAUUUAAGACCUUAUUGUGAUACACAAACUCUCAACCCAACUUGUACAUAUCUGUUUUUAUGUGAAUAAAAAAAUAUCAAUGUAAA